AUGCACACAGACGCACACUCGCGCACAGACACGCGCACACACACUCACGCACACCUGCACACACGCAGCACACCCCCCCCGCGCACAUGCACACACACACACUCGCGCGCACACACUCACGCACACCUGCACGCGCGCACAGACGCACAGACACGCACGCACACACCCCCCCGUCGCGCACACACGCACACACAUGCACGCACACAGACACGCACGCACACA